CAAGUAUUUACAAUCCCUAAACCGGCUUGUACUUAAACAUCUGAAAUUCGGUAAAUUUUGUUCGAUUUUCCGGUGCUCCGAUCAAUCGAGGCAUGGGUGGUCACGGUGGUCUGAAUAUUCUCCCGCAAAAGCGAUGGAACGUCUACAACUACGAUAACCGCGAGAAAGUCCGCCGCGACGAGGAAGCCGCGGCUCGGGAUGAGCAACUCAAACGCGACGACGCUCGCAAGCGGGAUGCCGAGUUACGCCUCGAGAAGCUCCGGCAAGCGCGUGGAUUAGCCUCCGAUUUCGUCAACAAAGCCGCUGCACCUUCCUCCUCUUCCAAUUCCAAAUCCAAAUCCAAAUCCGAGGAGACGAGAUUGGAGAACGAUUCGAACCACAUCAAUUUGUUCGAAGGAAUUCGAAUUUUCGAUCCGAUUGAAGCUAAGCCUGAAUCUAAAGACCAAAGGCCUAUUAAGAAGGUGAAGAAGGAGCAGCCGCCUAGGGUUGUGACUGCCGAGGAUGAGAAGUAUAAACUAGGAUAUGGAAUUGUUGGGAAAGGAACGAAAUUACCUUGGUAUAUGGAAAAGCCGACCAAAAAAUCUGAUGAAAAGAGCGAUGAUGACGAUGACGACUUGCAGCCGGCUAAGAAGAAGAGCAAUGGGAAGAAGACGGUGGAGGAGUUGCGGAAAGAGAGGUUAGAGAGGGAGAAACGAGAGAAACAGAGAGAAAGAGCUCUGCUGAAGGAGAAAAGCGGCAGAGAUGGAGGGUUCUCACGAAGAUGAGGAUGAUUAGUGCGAAUUAGUUCUACUCUGUAUCUCUUUUAUAUACCAAUGGAUCAGAAAUGGAAAUUAAAGUUGGCAUCUUUGGAAGCAUGUUGGUUGUGUGCGCAAAUUGUGUACUGGCACUGGAUCUCAGUCCUUAACUGCGUUGAAAGGAUGAUAAUGAUGACCCUCUCGGAUUUACCUGUGUCGGGUUUGCUUGCAGCCAAAUAUUUCAGAGGAUUAUAGAGCCUUUGGUUGCUUCUUUUGUCUCACUUGACUGCCCAGUAAGAGUUCAUGCUGUUUCCUCUAGUAUGUUGCUGGUAACAGUGUAGCUAUUGUCUAUUGAAGCAUAUCCAAAAUGGCGUCCUUUGCAUUUUUAUGAUGUUUUUAAGGAACCUAAAUUGAUGUUUUUUAGACUUC